CUUAAAUAUCCGCAAUUGGAAUACCAGAAUUAUAUACUAGUCAAGUUUUUGGAGCCAAUAAUAGCCGGGCGUUCAGUAUUACUGGAUGAAGAUACUGUGAUACAGGAGAUCAUUGAUUUGCAUCCGGCACUACCACUGCACAUAUCAGAUGAGCGAGCUCUACUUUCAGUUGUUGGCUUAUUAUGUUGCCAUAUAACCACGGCCUAUGAGUUGCUAUCCUUGGCUACCCUCUUACCGAGUCAUCAUACCUGUCUCAUGUACCCACUCCAGUCAUACCUGUGCCGCACGUACAGUACUUUCCAGUACGCCUUCUCCAGACGUCAGCCCUUCCUCAACGGCGCCCGCCUAUGA